GUCUGAUGACGUCAUACCCGGAAGGCGCGCACGGUUAUUUGGUGCAGGAGAGAAAUCUGGGAGUAGCCACAUGUUAAACAGGCCUGUAAGUGAAGAUGAUGGAUCCUCUAGAAAAUGACCCGUUUGCCCUACCAGACUAUGAACAUACAGAAGAUGAGAGUUUCCCUCCUUUACCUCCACCUCAUUCCCCUGGCGCAGGAGAUGAUGAUGCCGGAGAUCUGAUGAAUGGAGAUGAUUGGACAGCAAAUCUUGGUCAGACCCCAACAGAGGAAGCCCCUAAAACUGUUAGGAGAACGGUGAAAAGACCUUUGCCCAAACUAGAUGCCAACAGACUGACCUCACAGCGCGGUUUACCUGCUUUACGACAUAUCUUUGAUAGCACAAAAUUUAAAGGAAAAGGUCAUGAGGCAGAAGACCUGAAAACUCUGAUCAGACAAAUGGAGAACUGGGCACAUAGACUCUUCCCCAAGCUGCAGUUUGAGGACUUCCUUGCCCGGCUUGAGACAUUGGGGAACAAGAAGGAAGUACAGACUUGUUUGAAGAGAAUCCGCAUGGACAUGCCAAUUCUGCAUGAAGAUUUCAAUAGUGAAGAAGUUGUAGUGCAGAUGGAGGACAAUGAUGUGGGUCUACCUUCAGAAGAUUUUGGCUUACUCCCAGAAUCCUCUCCUCCACCACCAACACAAUCUAGUAUGACUGAUCUGAGCGAGGAAACACGUCAGAGGAUUGAAAGGAACCGGCUUCUUGCUUUGGAGAGGAGAAUGGCCAAGAUACAAGCUCAGAAGGACUCUGAGGAUUCUGCCACCAUCCCAGUCUCAUCACAGAUGUCCCAGCCUGAUUUGGAUGAGAUUCCUGAAGAUGUGGAUGAUGAUUUUCUAGAGGCCAUAGACCAAGCUGUGGAACUUGCAUCGUCUGGAUUAGAAAGUGAAACAAAGCCUGACCCCACAAAAACAGAUUUGCCUCCCUCACCAAGAUCAGAGCAGGAGUCACUUCCUGACUCACACAUUCAAGAGCAAAGGACUGACGCUUGAUACUUGUACAGUUUGUAUAUAUAUUUUCUUGAUGUAAUAAACUUAUUUUAUUUCAGUUACUAAUAA